AUGGGUGGAAAACGAUAUCUCGGCCUAAGGGGCAAUUCCCUUCUUCGUGCCGCUGUUAUGCUAGUCGUGUGUCCAACAUUUACUUGCUAUGGAUACAACAUGAGUGUGGCCGGUGGCCUAUUAACACUUCCAUCCUUCAAUACACAAUUUCCUCGAAUGCAAACAAUCAACGUGGAUGCGGCUGAGAAAGCCACCAACUCUCUUAUUCAAGGAACCGUCAUUGCUCUCUAUACUGUCGGUGGUAUCUUCGGUGCUCUGUCAUGUGUCUAUCUCGGCGAUCUUUGGGGCCGACGCAAGGUCAUCUUCAUCACCAACUUCAUCACCAUUAUUGGCGCCGUCCUCAUGGCAUCAUCUUUCCAAUUCGCCCAAUUCAUCGUCGCGAGACUGGUUCUCGGUUUAGGAAUUGGUGGAUACGUGGCAACCGUCCCUGUCUGGCAGUCUGAGAUUUCACCGGCACAUAAACGAGGAUCAAAUGUCGUAACAGAUGGUAUCUUCGUCGGUCUUGGUGUCACUCUCGCCUUAUGGAUCGACCUGGGCUUUUUCUUCGUCAAAGACAGCUCCGUUGCUUGGCGAUUCCCUCUUGUCUUCCAGGUUGUCAUGUCCGUCACCGCAAUGAUCUUCAUUACGAUGCUACCUGAAUCACCCCGCUGGCUCAUCAAGACUGGCCAAGUCGAAAAGGGUCGUGAAGUCCUCGCUGCCCUCCUCGAUGAUGAAGAACACUCAGCCGCCGUCAAUGAAAGCGUUACCAACAUCGAAGCCUCCCUCGCCUUUUGCGGAUCCGGAAGAUGGACCGACAUGUUCAAGAAUGGCCCCAACCGAAUCUUCCACCGUGCCUACCUCGCCGCCACAGGCCAAAUGUUUCAACAAAUGUGCGGAGUCAAUCUCAUCACCUACUACGCCACCACCAUCUUCGAGCAAUACCUCAAGAUGGACGCCGUCCAGUCCCGCAUCCUCGCCGCAGCAAUGGGUCUCAUGCAGCCCUUCGGUGGCUACCUUGCCUACUACACAAUCGACCGUCUCGGUCGUCGACCCCUCAUGCUCUGGAGUGCCGGUGCAAUGUCAAUCUGCAUGGCCGGACUCGCUGGUACGACCGAUCCCAUUGCCGCCGAUAACAAGGGUGCACUCGCCAUGGCCGUCGUCUUCCUCUACUGCUUCCAAUUCAUCUUCACAGUCGGCUACUCAGGCCUGACCUUCCUCUACGCUGCAGAGAUGGCCCCUCUCCAAGUCCGUGCUGCUGUCAGCGCCGUCUCAACCGCCACCGUCUGGGCAUUCAACUUCCUCCUCGCGGAGAUUACGCCCAUCGGCUUCGACUCCAUUGGAAGCCGAUACUACAUUAUCUUCGCUGUCCUCAACGCCGCCAUCGUCCCCAGUGUAUACUUCUUCUUCCCGGAGACCAAGGGCCGGUCGCUGGAGGAGAUUGACGAGAUCUUCUCACAGUCGAAGUCCAUCUUCGAUCCUCCUCGCGUGGCCCGUGCUAUGCAGAAGCGUGUCUUGCAUAUCGGUGAGACGAACUCUGAUGCUGAGAACACCGGCUCCAAUGACGAUGUCAUCAAGGAGGAGGUUAAGGCGUGA